AAUUUGUUUUUUUAGAUAAUUGCUUUAUAUGCCUAAAGCUCCGAUCAAGAUGCAAUAGACAUUGAGUUCUUGAACGUCAUGACUUCAUUCUGUCAUUUGAACUAUGUUAUGUGGUUUCUGGAGCAAGUAUUGAAGGUGCCAGAUAUUAUCCCCAAAUGCACUGUUCAUUGUUUAUUCUUGUUCAAGCCAUGAUAAGUUGACCUUCUUCGUUAGAACAUAAAUGAUUCAGAUUACUUUAUUGUUUCUCUGUUUGCUUCUUCUCGCCUUCUAAAGUGGCAUGUGGAUAGGGUUGGAGUUAUGGCGUAAGUCUGCAUUUCUGUUUGAAUGCAUUUUGAAGCCUAUGUCUCUGUUGUCCUUUAUAUUAAUACUUGGUUAGAAAUAUGAUUCAUUGCUUUUUCGCACUCUAGUAGGGUUGUUUGGAAGGUCAUUUUUCGUUUAAGUUGCUUAUCGCGUGCUGAUGAUGUCGAAUUUGCUUGUGGCUAAAUUAAAUUAUCUCAGGUUUGGGACAGAAAAGAGAGAAUAUUUUGAUUUAGAAAGAGAGAUGCUGGUUGUUGUUAAAUUUUCCCGCAAGCCAGUUGGUUUAACUUUGAAGGCGUAGCAGGAGUUGCAGUCUGUAGAGUUGAGCUUAAGUGCUUUUAAAGUAUUUUAAAUACAAACUUAAAUGUUAUAAACUUCACCAUUGCUCUGAACUUUUUGUCCUCUGCAGGAACAGAUGCUUGAUCAAGAGAAAACGUGCAAUCUAUUGCAAAGUAGGGAAGCUGUGGAGAAGAACAGAGGAGUAGUUGGCUUGAAGCCUACGAGGGCCCCAUUAGAGCCCCAACUGGAAGGCACUUCUUCUGAACCUCAAUCCACGUGGAGCUAUGUUAAUGGCAGUGCACAAAUUGGGGAUGGUUUUGACUCUUCUUUGUUUGGUGGAAUGUUUUAUCAUGACCAACCACAGCUAAAGUUCAAACUUCACCAACAUGUCUUCACCAACAUGUCUAAGUUGCAAGAGUUCAACCGUGAGAAUUGGGUUAGUUUAUAAUUUUCGUUCAAGAUUUAAAUUCUCGAAUCCUAUUUGUAUCUUCGUAGAAACGAAAAGUUCACCUGGAUCUGUGAUAAUAUCUCCAACAAGAUUUAACGAACAAGUCUUGCUUUUACAUGAGAUUGUCAUUUUAAUUCCUCCAA